AUGUCGGUCAAGGCCAUCACGUCUUAUGACGACUUCAAGAAGAUCAUCGCCCAGGACAAGGUGACAGCCAUCGACUUCUGGGCUACAUGGUGCGGACCCUGCAAGAUGAUCUCGCCCAUGUUUGAGAAGCUCGCUGCCGCGGCCGAUGCCGACAAGAUUGAGUUCUACAAGGUCGAUGUCGACGAGCAGGGCCAGAUUGCCGAGGAGGUCGGCAUCAAGGCCAUGCCUACCUUUGUCUUCUUCAAGGACGGCAAGAAGAUCAAGGAAACCGUCGGCGCGAACCCCGGUGCCCUCGAUGCCAGCAUCAAGGAGGUUUCUGCUUAA